GGAAGGAAGGCGGCGGAGGGAAGAGGACGGAGAGGCCGAGAGAGAGAGAGAGAGAGAGAGAGCAAACAGAGGAAUUGAUCAGCAGCUGAACAGACUGGAGAGAGAGAGAGAGAGAGAGAGAGAGAGGUCUGGGGAGAACUGGCCCUGAUUUAGAGGAGUUGUAGGGACUGGGAUGUAUAGUUCACCUGCCAUCUAAGAACUGCACUCUGAACCCCACCAAUGAUGGACCUGGAACUCACACAGGCCCAACACGGCCAACUUUGCAUACUGAUGGGGUUUGGGGGCGAUUGACCUCGACUUCCAAGAGUUAUAGUUCACCCAUAUUGGAAUGUAUAGUUCACCAACAAUCAGUGAGGACUCUGAACUCCACCAACAAUUGACCUGGAACUAACUUGGCAAACAGAACCCCCAUGACCAGCAAAAAAUACUGGAGGUCUUUGGGGGGAAUUCACCUUGAUUUGGGGGAGUUGUAGUUCACCUGCAUCCAGAGAGGACUGUGAAGCCAAACACGGAUGGAUCUUGACCAGACUUGGCACACGGACCAGAUAUGCCGAGAUGUGAUUACUGGAGGGGUUUGGAGGGACUGAUCUUCCUUUCUGGGAGUUGUAGUUCACCCACAACCACGGAAAGUGCGACCUCCACUGAUGAUGGAUCUGGACCACACUUGGCACAUGGAACCCCAUGUAACUCAACCUACUGGAGGAGUUGGAGGGGACAGACUCACCAUGGUGGGAGUUGUAGUUCACCCUACAGCCAGUAAGCACACUGGACCCCACUCGUGAUGCGUCAAGAGCAAACUUACCCAACAUACAAACUUGGAAGUAUUGAUGGAGUUUCUGGGGGUUAACUUGGCAUGAUGGGAGUUGUAGUUCACCCACAAUCUUAUGAGUUUUGGACAAUUAAAACACUGACUUUGUGAUCUUGCUGAAUUCCUACAUUCACUUUGGAUUAUAGAGCAGAACGGAAGAGUCGGAGGAGACUGCAGGAGGCACCCAGUCCAGGCCUCUGCCGUGCAAGGAAAGUGCAAAGUACCCCUGACAGAUGUGCAUCUGGCCUCUGGUUAAAGGAUUCCAGAGGAGCCUCCACUACAUUUUGAGGCAGAGAGUUCCACUGCCGAACAGUUCUUACAGUCAAGAAGUUCUUCUUAAUGUUUAGAUGGAAUCUACUUUCCUGUAAUUUGAACCCACUGCUGUGAGUGAUCAGAAAGGGAAAAAUAAGAAUCAAGUGUCCAUAUUGGAAUUAAAUAUACAUAGCACAUAACUCUGUUGACAUGGAGGAGAAAGCAUAUAAAUGUAUCGAAUGUGGAAAGAGCUUUAGUCAGCAUGGAAACCUGAAGAGACAUCAAAGGACUCACACUGGGGAGAAACCCUAUAACUGCCUGGAGUGUGGACAGAGCUUCAGUGAUUGUUCAGGCCUACAUUCACAUAAAAGGACUCACACUGGGGAGAAACCCUAUAAAUGCCUGGAGUGUGGACAAAGCUUCACUCAGAGUUCAGGCCUACGUAGACAUCAAAGGACUCACACUGGGGAGAAACCCUAUAACUGCCUGGAGUGUGGACAGAGCUUUACUCAGCAGGGGCACUUACAUUCACAUCAAAGGACUCACACGGGGGAGAAACCCUAUACAUGCCUGGAGUGUGGACAGAGCUUUGCUUGUAGUUCAGGACUACGUUCACAUCAAAGGACUCACACUGGGGAGAAACCCUAUAACUGCCUGGAGUGUGGACAGAGCUUCACUCAUAGUUCAGCACUACGUAGACAUCAAAGGACUCACACUGGGGAGAAACCCUAUAACUGCCUGGAGUGUGGACAGAGCUUUACUCAUAGAUCAGGCCUACGAUCACAUGAAAGGACUCACACUGGGGAGAAACCCUAUAAAUGCCUGGAGUGUGGACAGAGCUUCACUCAUAGUUCAGGUCUACGUUCACAUCAAAGGACUCACACUGGGGAGAAACCCUAUAACUGCCUGGAGUGUGGACAGAGCUUCACUCAUAGUUCAGGUCUACGUUCACAUCAAAGGACUCACACUGGGGAGAAACCCUAUAAAUGCCUGGAGUGUGGACAGAGCUUUGCUCAGAGUGGAAAUUUACGUUCACAUCAAAGGACUCACACUGGGGAGAAACCAUAGAAAUGCAUGGAGUGUGGACAGAGCUUUUCACGGAGUGAGUUUAUACAUAAACAUCAUAAAAUUCACCCUGAAGAUAAUGGUGUUAAUUGACCCCAGAGUGUCAUUCUAACAUGUACAAAAGCAACUCUUGCACAUUUUGGAAAUUCAAGCUCAAAGUUGGGACAUUUCAUCACAUGUGGUGUAUUGUAGAAAUAUUGAACUAAAAUAUGUUCCAUUCUGGAAGGAAACAAGGUUACAUGAAACUAGAGUUUUAUAUGCUGAGAAUGUUGGAUGAUCAAUUAGGAUGAAAGCAUGGGUAGUUACUGCGAGAUACUAAAGUGAGAAUUGACAGGGAUGGAAGGAAUGUUUUAUUCCAAAGCAAAAAUAAUGGCUUAUGAAGAUCUGCAAAUUAGCCAAAACGAACAAACUGACAACAAUGUGGGCAAAUGUCAGUUGUAAUAUCUAUUAAUUGGAAGAGUGUUAUCAGAAAUAGAAGUGUGGUUAUAUUAUAUUAUCUAAAGGGAGAAGAAUAAUGAGAGUUAAAAAUUAACAGAUCGAAUGAGGCCUUUAGGCACGUAUCCCUAUCUGAUUUCUAGUUCAGUUGUGUGUUUAUGUAGGUAAUUGUUUCGAUAGUGUGUUUGUUUCUGAUUUAGUUUUGUAUCUCUUGUAGUUAGUUUCAUGUUCAGUUGAAGCAUUAUAUAUAAUUUCUGCAUUUUUUGUAUUGUUGCUUUUAAUCUUUUUUAUUAUUUUUUUUGCAAAAAAAGAGGGGGAUUUAAAAGGGUCAAAACUGCUGAAACUGGAAGUGUGGAUAGACCCGGUUUUAGCCCAAAAUGGGGUUUAAUGUUUAAAUGCCUUUGGACAUCAUUUCCUUCCUCGGUGUUGGUGGCAUGGGUUUGGCACCAGUCCAGCAGCUCAGUGGUUUAACUCUCUGGAGGCAAAUUUGAAUGCUGCAAUUAGCCAGAAUGAGUAGCACAUAAUGGCCUUUCAGCUUCAAAGCCUGGCUGCUUCCUCCCUGGGGGAAUCCUAGGAGGUGUUAACUGGCCCUGGUUGUUUCAUGUCUGGAAAUCCCCUGUUUUCAGAGUGUUGUUCUUUGCAAUGUUUUCUGUUCUUCUACUGCCUGUGUAGAUAAAGGAGUACCCAUGUGCAGAGCUUGAGGGCACACUCUCAAAAAGAAUGACUGUGGCCUUCACACAGCAGAGGAUUGGCCAGGCUUUGAUGAUGCAAGGCUAUUCAGUACUAUUCAUGCUGGCCAACAAGGGAUUCCCCUAGGUAGGAAGCAGCCAGGCAAGUGGGGUUUAUAUCCCUGUGGAAUAAUCUCCAGGGUGGGAGAAAGAACUCUCGUCUGUUGGAGGGAAGUAUGAAUGCUGCAAUUAGCCAGAAUGAUUAGCAUGUAAUGGCCUUUCAGCUUCAAAGCCUGGCUGCUUCCUCCCUGGGGGAAUCCUUUGUUGGGAGGUGUUAGCUGGCCCUGGUUACUUCAUGUCUGGAAUUCUCCUGUUUUCAGGGUGUUGCUCUUUAUUUACUGCCCCCAAUUUUAGAGAUUAUAUUGUUCUGUAUUAUUAUACCACAGUAAUUAUUAUAUAUUAUGUUUAUAAUCUUACGUUAUCUGCUUAGAACUGGAUUAUAUGUGGCCCCUUCUACACAGCUGCAUAAAAUCCACACUGAAGUGGAUUAUAUGGCAGUGUGGAAUCAAGAUAAUCCAGUUCAAAGCAGAUGCUGUGGAUUAUGUGCCUCUGGGUUAUAUAUCUGUGUGGAAGGGCCUUGAGUCUACACUGCCAUAUAAUCCAGAUCAAAUCAGAUUCUAUAGGCAGUGUGGAAGAGGCCUAAGUGAACUCUACCUGUCUCCGAGGCGCUUCUAUUGUCUGUGGCCCUGAGAAAACAGAGGAUUUGCCAGACUUUGGUGAUGGGAAUCCUUUGUUGGGAGGUGUUAGCUGGCUCUGAUUGUUUCCUGUGUGGAAUUCCCCUGUUUUCAGAGUGUUGUUCUUUAUUUAGUGUUCUUAUUUUAAGAGAUUGUAUUGUUCUGUUAUACCACAGUAAUUUUUAUAUAUUCUGAUAUUAGUGUUUUUGAAUACAUGGAGCCAGAUUGUAUUCAUUUUCACAGUUCACAGCAACAUAAUAAUAAUAAUAAUAAUAAUAAUAAUAAUAAUAAUAAUAAUAAUAAUAGUAAUAAUGACUUUGGUAAUACACACUGCUUCACUCCCUUCUCAGCUUCCUUUCUGGAAGAAUCCUUUCUUGGGAGGUGUUAGCUGGCCCUGAUUGUUUUCUUUCUGGAAUUCCCAAAUUUCCUGCUUUCAGCUUGUUGCUCUUUAUUUACUGUCAUGGUUUUAGAGAUUCUGUUGUUUUAUAUUAUUAUACCACAGUAAUUAUUUCAUAUUACACUAGAAUCUCACUUAUCCAACAUUCGCUUAUCCAAUGUUCUGGAUUACCCAACAUAGUCUGCCUUUUAGUAGUCAAUGUUUUUGUAGUCAAUGUUUUAAAUGCAUUGUGAUAUUUUGGUGGUAAAUUUGUAAAUACAGUAAUUACUACAUAGCA